CCUACUCGCUGAGGGGCUUCGGGGCCGGGGUCUGGGCCCACCCGCUGUACCGGGGUCGGGACUCCACCUAUCCAGCCCGUGCCCGCCCCUGCCCCUCCCCUACGGCGGGGCCAAACGCCACUCCCCACCCCCGCGGCCAGUCCCCGGGAGGGGAAAGGGGGCGGGCAGCGCAGGGGGUGUGACAGCUCCUGCCCGGCCCAGUGCCAGCUGUAGCCUCGCUUCAGCGCCCCGUGUCAGCUGGCUUUUUCGUCUGGGACGAAGGCGGAGGCUCGGGGCUCCUGGUCUGGGGGUGGGGUGGGGAGGGGCUGCCCCUAGGACCCCAGCCCUCUAUUCACCCAGAGGAGUUUCUCCACCCAGCGCUGCAGUUUGCUGCACUGGCAGCGGGUCUUCUCGGAACCGUCCCUGUCCAUACGCUGGGACCUAUCCCUCCGCACCCGGACACUACCCCUCCCCCAAGUGGACCUGACUGGGGCUGGCUGGGCAUCCCUCAGCCUCUUGCGGGAGCCUGCACGGCGGCAGUGCGAACUGCAGGAGGAACAUGAAGGUGGGCUGGCCAGGUGAGAGCCACUGGCAGGUGGGCCCAGCUGUGGAAGAGAGCACAGUUCUAGGAGUUCCUCAGAUAGGGGGCCUUCCUGAUGUGGUGCCUGAGGGGACACUGCUCAACAUGGUGCUGAGGAGGAUGCACCUGCCCCGAAGCUGCUCCUACCAGCUGCUGCUGGAGCACCGGCGGCCCGCCCACAUCCAGGGUCUUCGCUGGACGCCACUCACCAACAGCGAGGAGUCCCUGGAUUUCAGUGACAGCCUAGAGCAGGUCUCCACGGAGCGUGUGCUCAGGGCUGGGAGGUACCUACACCGACAUCUCCUGGCUGCCUGCCCGACUCUCAUCCGAGAUCGGAAGUACCAUCUCAGACUCUAUCGGCAGUGCUGCUCUGGAAGGGAGCUGGUGGACGGGAUCUUGGCCCUGGGGGUCGGGGUCCAUUCCCGGAGCCAAGCAGUGGGCAUCUGCCAGGUGCUCCUGGAUGAAGGUGCCCUCUGCCAUGUGAAACACGACUGGACCUUCCAGGACCGAGAUGCCCAGUUCUACCGGUUCUUGGGGCUGGAGCCCCAGCCUGCAGGACCUCAUGAGCUGGAGGAGGAGCUGGUUGAGGCAAUGGCCCUGCUCUCCCAGCGGGGACCUGAUGCCCUGCUCACUGUGGCACUUCGAAAGCCCCCAGGUCAGCGCAUGGACGAGGAGCUGGACCUCAUCUUUGAGGAGCUGCUGCACAUUAAGGCUGUGGCCCACCUCUCCAACUCGGUGAAGCGGGAGUUAGCAGCCGUCCUGGUUUUUGAGCCCCACAGCAAGGCAGGGACAGUGUUGUUCAGCCAGGGGGACAAGGGCACCUCGUGGUACAUCAUCUGGAAGGGAUCUGUCAACGUGGUGACCCAUGGCAAGGGGCUGGUGACCACUCUGCACGAGGGAGAUGACUUUGGCCAGCUGGCUUUGGUGAAUGAUGCACCCCGGGCGGCCACCAUCAUCCUGCGAGAAGAUAACUGUCAUUUUCUGCGUGUGGACAAACAGGACUUCAACCGAAUCAUUAAGGAUGUAGAAGCAAAGACCAUGAGGCUGGAAGAGCAUGGCAAGGUGGUGCUGGUGCUAGAAAAGACCUCUCAGGGUGCUGGCCCUUCACGCCCCCAAACUCCAGGCCAAAACCGGUACAAGGUGAUGUCUGGCACUCCGGAGAAGAUCCUAGAGCUGCUGCUGGAGGCCAUGCGGCCGGAUUCCAGUGCUCAUGACCCAACAGAGAUGUUCCUCAGUGACUUCCUCCUGACCCACAGUGUCUUCAUGCCUACCGCCCAGCUCUGUACUGCUCUGCUGCACCACUUCCACGCGGGGCCGGCGGAGUCUGCAGGAGGCAGCGAGCAGGAGUGCAGCACCUACAUCUGCAACAGGAGGCAGCAGAUCCUGCGGCUGGUCAGCCAUUGGGUGGCCCUGUAUGGUCCCAUGCUCCACAAGGACCCCGUGGCUACCAGCUUCCUCCAGAAACUCUCUGACCUGGUGAGCAAGGACAGCCGGCUCAGCAACCUGCUGAGGGAGCAGGGGUCUGAGAGGAGGCGACACCACAGGUUGGAAAAUGGCUAUGGGAGCGCAUCUCCGCAGUUGAAGGUCCGGAACAUACCUGUCUGGCUCCCCAGCCAGGAUGAGCCUCUCCCAAGCAGCAACUGUGCCAUCAGAGUUGGGGACAAAGUGCCCUAUGACAUCUGCCGGCCGGACCACUCAGUGCUGACCCUGCAGCUGCCUGUGACGGCCUCAGUGAGAGAGGUGAUGGUGGCGCUGGCCCAGGAGGAUGGCUGGACGAAGGGGCAGGUGCUGGUGAAGGUCAAUUCUGCAGGCGAUGCCAUUGGCCUGCAGCCAGAUGCCCGUGGUGUGGCCACUUCCCUGGGUCUCAACGAGCGGCUCUUUGUUGUCAACCAGCAGGAAGUGCACAAGCUGACCCCACACCCUGAGCAGCUGGGGCCUACUGUGGGCUCUGCGGAGGGGCUGGAUAUGGUGAGUGCCAAGGACCUGGCAGGGCAGCUGACAGACCAUGACUGGAACCUGUUCAACAGCAUCCACCAGGUGGAACUGAUCCACUAUGUGCUGGGCCCCCAGCACCUGCGGGACGUCACCACAGCCAACCUGGAGCGCCUCAUGCGCCGUUUCAAUGAGUUGCAGUACUGGGUGGCCACAGAGCUCUGUCUCUGCUCCGUGCCGGGCCUGCGGGCCCAGCUGCUCAGGAAGUUCAUCAAGCUGGCAGCCCACCUCAAGGAGCAAAAGAAUCUCAAUUCCUUCUUUGCCAUCAUGUUUGGCCUUAGCAACUCAGCCAUCAGCCGCCUGGCCCACACCUGGGAGCGGCUGCCCCACAAAGUCCGGAAGCUGUACUCAGCCCUGGAGAGGCUGCUGGACCCCUCGUGGAACCACCGAGUGUAUCGACUGGCCCUCACUAAGCUCUCCCCUCCCAUCAUCCCCUUCAUGCCCCUUCUUCUCAAAGACAUGACCUUCAUCCACGAGGGAAACCACACACUAGUGGAGAAUCUCAUCAACUUUGAGAAGAUGCGAAUGAUGGCCAGGGCUGUGCGAUUGCUGCACCACUGCCGAAGCCACAGCACUGUGCCUCUCUCACCACUCCGGAGCCGAGUUUCCCACCUCCAUGAGGACAGCCAGGCGUCGAGGAUUUCCACGUGCUCGGAGCAGUCCCUGAGCACCCGGAGUCCAGCCAGCACCUGGGCUUACGUCCAGCAGCUGAAGGUCAUCGACAACCAGAGGGAACUCUCCCGCCUGUCCCGGGAACUGGAGCCCUGAGGAGGGGUUGGGGCCGCAGCAGGCGCUUCCCAAAAGCAGGGCAGGCCCGGGCCAAGGGGCCACGGCUGGCCGCAGCUGGGCAGGGCUCUCCGCGAGUGGACUUGAGGCCCUGGAGCGGGCAGCAUGAUGAUAGCUGUCCCCUGUGAUGACUGGCGGCUGAGGAAGACCCUGCCAGAAUGGAACUUCGCUGGGGCCCACCGCCAAGGAAUGGGGGACAGCUGGGCCGUGGGAGUGGGUGGGAGAGCCGGGCAGGCGCUGGACUCUGUGUUCAAUAGAGAGCUCUCCUCACCAGGCUUUUUCCAGCGUCUCGGCCU